AUGUCGGACGUGAGCAAUAUUAUAAAAUCGGCAAAGGAGAACUUGGAACGGCAGUUUGAAACGUUUCAUUCGGAUUUCUCAAGAACCACAGGUGUCUUGAGAAGCAAAAUUCAAGAGCUGACCGACAAAAACACGAGUUUAACGUCCCAACAGUCCGAAAUAGAUGAAAACGUCGUAAAACUUGUAACAAAAAUCUCAACCCUAAAACGCCAAAAAGAAAAUCUCCAAAAAUCAAUCGACGAAAACAAUGAAGAACUUGCUGAUUUGAAAAAGGAGUUGGACAACUUCGAGCGCAAAUUUACGAACUUGUCAAUCAACCAUUCUGUUUUGUCUGGAGCUGGAACAGCGGAAGGAAAUAUUUGCAAAAAAUGCGUGCUUCCGUACGACCAGAUUGAACGAUUUCAUUCCGUUAUUACGACCUGUGGCCAUCAGUUUUGCCAAAAAUGCUUGAAACAACUGUUCACGCUAAAUAACCCGUUUAACUUUCCAAUCAACCAGGAAAUAUCGGAGGCCUCUUGUCCUAACCCGACCUGUAACAGAUCGUUCGCCCAGGCAAAUAUUAUUAAGCUGAAUUGA